AUGGAUCACUCAAGAGACCCUUGCCCGUGGGUGGCUCUGUCCGACUUUGGUGGCGCUUUCUGUAUGGGUGCCAUCGGUGGUGCAGUAUGGCACGGCGUCAAGGGCUUCCGCAACUCGCCCUACGGUGAACGCAGAAUUGGCGCGAUCACGGCGAUAAAGGCGCGGGCGCCUAUCCUGGGCGGUAACUUCGGCGCGUGGGGUGGGCUGUUCUCGACCUUCGACUGCGCGGUCAAGGGCGUGCGCAAGAAGGAGGACCCGUGGAACGCCAUCAUUGCGGGCUUCUUCACUGGCGGCUCGCUCGCGGUGCGCGGCGGUGCAAAGGCUGUGCGCAACGGCGCCAUUGGCUGCGCCAUCCUGCUCGCUGUUAUCGAGGGUGUCGGUAUCGGCUUCCAGCGCAUGCUGGCUGAGAACUCGCGUCUCGAUAUGCAGCCGCCUCCGCCGCCUAACGUCGGCCCCCAGGCGGCUGUCGCGUAG